GCUAAACUUUCGUUUGAUACGGUUUAUAGUUGGAUGACGUGUGGGACGAAGAUCAACAACAAAUAAGGCUUUCUAGGAGUAUGAGUUCUCUUCGUGUCAAGGGUCAGAGGGUCGUGCUGCCUGAAAGGGUCGUAGCCCCAGCCAUCAUAGAGAUAAAAGAUGGAGUCAUAGCGGCCAUUCACCGUUCAGAUCUCGAUAGGGUACCAUGGAAUCCAGACACAGAUAUAGAUGCUGGGGAUAGCUUAGUGAUGCCUGGUGUCGUAGAUAGUCAUGUUCACGUUAAUGAACCCGGUCGAACCUUGUGGGAAGGUUACAGGACUGCUACUAGGGCUGCAGCUGCCGGUGGAGUAACUACCAUCGUUGACAUGCCAUUGAAUAGUAUUCCACCCACAACCACUUUGAGUGCAUUCCACGAGAAGAUGACCCAUGCCAAGGCUUCCUCCUAUGUAGACGUUGCAUUCUGGGGAGGAGUUGUACCUCAGAACCAGUUUGAAUUACGUCCCAUGAUCGAGGCUGGUAUCGCUGGGUUCAAAUGUUUUCUCAUCCACAGCGGGGUAGAUGAAUUCCCUCACGUCUUAGAGAGUGACCUUCAUGAAGCCAUGAAACAACUUAAAGGUACCAACAGUGUCUUAUUGUUCCAUGCUGAAAUGGAGGUCCCGAGUACAGAGGAAACACCAGAAGUGGAUUCAUCGGCAGAAUAUGAAGACUUCCUCAAUUCCAGGCCUAAAAAUAUGGAGAACAAAGCAAUAGCACUUGUAGCAAAGAUGUGCCUUCAGUAUAGGGUUCCUUGUCACAUCGUCCAUCUCUCCUCAUCCGACGCUCUUCCUAUCAUCCGGGAUGCCCGUCGCCGUGGCGCCCCGCUCACCGUCGAAACCUGUCAUCAUUAUCUCUCUUUCACGGCUGAGGAGGUUCCGCAGGGAGGAACUCAUUUCAAAUGCUGUCCUCCGAUCAGAGACAAAAAUAAUCAGAUGGUGUUGUGGGAUGCUCUGAAGAGUGGUGAUAUUGAUCUGGUUGUGUCUGAUCACUCUCCAUGUACUCCAGAACUCAAGCUCCUAGAGCAAGGCGAUUUCAUGAAGGCUUGGGGUGGCAUCUCAUCCAUGCAAUUUGGUCUGUCGCUUUUCUGGACCGGAGCCCAGAAACACGGAAUGGGACUCCACGAUAUGGUCAGGUUGAUGUGUGAACGCACUUCUAAACUUGCUGGAGUCUCCCACCGCAAGGGCUCCCUCGCUGUUGGCUUUGAUGGAGACAUUGUCAUAUGGGAUCCUGAUUCAUGCAUUACGAUCCAGCCCGAGAACAUUCACCAUCGUCACAAGGUUACACCGUACAGUGGUCUAACACUACAAGGCGUCGUACAGGUUACCAUCGUGAGAGGCCAGGUUGUCUACAGACACGGUACAUUCAGUGAAACACACAAAGGGUCUCUUAUUAUGUGUGACCCCAACAGAAAGAGAGAAACCUUGACACCAAAUGCCCACCUAUCGUGUAACCCCUGAGGGCAGGGCCACAAGUUGUUUUGCAACACGCACAUCUAGCUAGCUCGAGCUAGCUGGCUAGCCGCUUUGGUGUGAGCUGCUUUGUGACUUAUGCGCAGCCAAUGGCGCACUAGCCAAGUACCCAUUUGCCCAGGAGCAGUGCACUCACUAACCAUUAUGCCUCCUGGCAUGUAGGGCAGCAACAAAGGCUCUCCACUCCCGUCUCUCUUGGGCCAGUCUCUGAAGUGAUCCCCAGGUCUGUCGGAGGUUAGACACUUCACCCUCCACGGUCCAUCUCCAGGUGUUCUUGGGCCGACCUCAUUUUCUCCUUCCUUCUGGGGUCCACUGCAGUGCUGUCCUUGUUAUGUUAUCCGCUUCUUUCCUUAAUACAUGCCCGAUCCAACUCCAAGUAUCCAAGUAUGUGUCUUCCAUUCUCUCUUGUUAGCAUCUUUCAUAUGUGUUAGGCUAGAAUA